UAUUUCAUCUACGUCAAUAAGAGGCAGAGGCAGGGCCAGAUCUGCAGCAGGACUCUGCCCGGCCCAGCCUGAAGCUCACGGGAGUGUCCAGCCCCAUCUUCACUCCCACCAUGGACGUCUUCAAGAAGGGCUUCUCCAUUGCCAAGGAGGGCGUGGUGGGUGCUGUGGAAAAGACUAAGCAGGGGGUGACGGAGGCAGCCGAGAAGACCAAGGAGGGAGUCAUGUAUGUGGGAGCCAAGACCAAGGAGAACGUGGUGCAGAGUGUGACCUCAGUUGCCGAGAAGACCAAGGAACAGGCCAAUGUGGUCAGCGAGGCCGUGGUCACCAGCGUCAACACAGUGGCCACCAAGACCGUAGAGGAAGCAGAGAACAUCGUGGUCACCACUGGGGUGGUACGCAAGGAGGACUUGGAGCAACCAACCCCCCCACAGGAGGACCAGGCAGCCAAAGAGGAAGAGGUGGGUGAGGAGGUCAAGAGUGGCAGAGACUAGAAGGCUGCUAGUCGGAUGUGGAGACUCCUCCCAGACACACCCCUCUGCCUUAGCACCCACCCCACACAGCUAAGGAGUGCCCAGUGGGGAGUGCCCAGCAGGCCUUGCUCCCACUGCCCUGUGACUCCACUACCCACUGGCCCGCCUCCCCUAUCCUUCUGACCCCACAGACCGCAGGCUGCUGUGGACUUCCAUUCCCUUUUCAAAGUCAUUUCAAAUAAAACUUGAGCUCCAACCUCCAA